CAUCCAAAAUAGAAACAUACCGUUCGCUAUAUAUAUAGACCGACGCGCGCUCCCCACGCCCCACUCAGCUAGCAUCCUCCAUCAUCCAUCUAUCCAAGCAGCAUCUACAUCAUCACAAUUCACAGCACACACCCAGCCCUAGCAAAGCCUAGAACACACAGUAAAGUCUUAUCAAUAAUUCCUCACUGUUUCUAGCUAGCGGCGAAGCGAUUACUACCACAGAGGCCGCAGAGGCUGCCUGCAGGGGAGGAGUACACAGUACAGAAGCAAGCACACACGCCAAGAAACCAAAGCGAGGAAAGCAGCCAAAGACACCGGGGAAGCAUCGAAGCUGUAGCUCAUCAUGGGGAUGGAGAGCAUGUGCCCCACGGCGGCGGAGGGCUCCUCCUCCGCCACCUCCUCCUCCUCGCGCUCCACCGGCGCGUCCACGGCCACCACGGAGUCCGGCGCCGCGCAGCAGCAGCAGCAGCAGCCCCAGGCGGCUGCGGCGGCGGGCGGCGGGGAGGCCUCGCCGGCGGACGAGCAGGCCGUGACGUCGGCGGCGGCGGCGGUGGCGCAGGGGUCCUCGCGGUACAAGGGCGUCGUGCCGCAGCCCAACGGGCGCUGGGGCGCGCAGAUCUACGAGCGCCACGCGCGGGUGUGGCUCGGCACCUUCCCCAACGAGGAGGCCGCCGCGCGCGCCUACGACGUCGCCGCGCUCCGCUACCGCGGCCGCGAGGCGGCCACCAACUUCCCGGGCGCCGGGGCGUCGGCGCCCGAGCUCGCCUUCCUCGCCGCGCACUCCAAGGCGGAGAUCGUCGACAUGCUCCGCAAGCACACCUACGCCGACGAGCUCCGCCAGGGCCUGCGCCGCGGCCGGGGCAUGGGCGCCCGCGCCCAGCCCACGCCGGCCUGGGCGCGCGCGCCGCUCUUCGAGAAGGCCGUCACCCCCAGCGACGUCGGCAAGCUCAACCGCCUCGUCGUCCCCAAACAGCACGCCGAGAAGCACUUCCCGCUCAAGCGCGCGCCGGAAGCCACCACCGGCGAGGGCGUGCUCCUCAACUUCGAGGACGGCGAGGGAAAGGUGUGGCGGUUCCGGUACUCCUACUGGAACAGCAGCCAGAGCUACGUCCUCACCAAGGGCUGGAGCCGCUUCGUCCGGGAGAAGGGCCUCCGAGCCGGCGACACCAUCGUCUUCUCGCACUCCACGUACGGCCAGGAGAAGCAGCUCUUCAUCGACUGCAGGAAGACCAAGACGGCCACCACCGACGCGGCGCCGGCGCCGGCCGCCGCGCCGUUGGAGAAGCCAAAGGAAGCCCGUGUAGUAGUCCGGUUGUUCGGCGUGGACAUCACCGGAGACGGGUGCCAGAAGAGAGCACGGCCGGUGGAGAUGGCGUUCGAGCAAGGCCAGGAGUUCUUGAAGAAGCAAUGCGUGGCUCAUCAUCGCUCUCCUGCCCUAGGUGCCUUCUUGUUAUAGCAGCGAUCAUAUGCAUAGUAUUGAUCUAGUCCUCCCCCUUUGUUCUUUCUUCGCCAGUUUGAUCUCGAAUCCGGUUUCUAGUGUCUGUUCUUCGUCUUUGCAAAGAACUUGUUAUGUCAGACUGCAAGACGAGUUGUAUGUACACCAUUAGGAAGCCUUGGAGAUGGUAGUAGUAAAUUAGUAAUCCUACAAAAUUAUGCAAGUUUCUGCCCAUCAUCGAGAGUACAGGAAUAAUAAGUUAAUUCGAUAUGAUGCACUGUUGGCAAA